AUGGGCAAACGCCUCGCAGGCAAGACAAUCCUCAUUACCGGUGCCUCAUCUGGGAUCGGACGCAGCGUGGCCUUCGAAUUUGCACGAACAUCACCUCAAGACCUCAAACUCAUCCUGACUGCCCGGAGAAUUGACCAACUCAAGGCAAUUGCGGCCGAAAUAGAAAACGAGGUUGGCUCGGGUGUCAAGGUCCUUCCCGUUCAACUCGAUGUCAGCAAGAGCAGCCAAGUUGCAGGUUUCGUCGACCGAUUGCCUGCCGACUUCAGAGAGAUUGAUGUUCUCGUCAACAAUGCUGGCCUCGUCAGGGGCGUUGCCAAAGCCCCAGAGAUCGCGGAGGACGACAUCGAGGUCAUGUUUGCAACCAACGUCACCGGUCUAAUCAACAUGACCCAGGCCGUCUUGCCGCUCAUGAAGGCACGAGGCGAAAGUGGUGCCGGCGACAUAAUCAACAUUGGCAGCAUUGCCGGCCGAGAGCCUUAUGUCGGAGGUAGUAUCUACUGUGCGACAAAAGCGGCUGUCAGAUCAUUCACAGAGGCUCUGAGGAAGGAGUUGAUCGCGACGAGAAUCAGGGUCAUUGAGGUUGACCCAGGCCAAGUCGAGACGGAAUUCUCCGUCGUUCGAUUUUACGGUGACAAGUCCAAGGCCGAUGCUGUUUAUUCCGGCUGUGAACCUCUGACGCCCGAAGAUAUUGCUGAGGUUGUUGUCUUUACUGCUGGCCGGCGUGAAAAUGUGGUCAUUGCCGACACUUUGAUCUUUCCAAAUCAUCAGGUACGAUGGAGCCCUGUCCAGCACGUGUCAGUGCGCAAGUGA